CAGUAAAAUAAGCACUUUACAAUUUUAGAAGCCCUAGCUUUCUGUAACCUGUAACAUCGAUUGAUCAUUCAAGAAUAUCUGUUGAAGAAGCAGGAAAACCUCUCGAUUCCUCUUAAAUCUCUCGCUGCUAAUCCAACUUGAGGUGCCAAGUUAUGUGUAUUCCUGGAGAGCUUCCAACAAAACAUAAAGAUUCAAUGCCAGUGGUGAAGAAAAGGACGUAUAUCCACCCCCAGAAAUACAGGGAUGGCUACGGAAAUAUUACGACUUACUCCAGCUUGUUGUCUUUAAAAGAACUACGUGAAAAAUUGGAAGACCAUGAGCAAGCCAUUUUCCGAAAAACUGCAAUUGGGCAUCUUCUUGACAUGCCAGAAGAACAAUCGUGGUCUGGGCGUUAGUUAAUUACUUAUUGUCUAGGGAGGUUGCCUACCCUAUUUUUCCCAGAGAAAAGGCCGAAGAAAAAGUCGUAGAAACAUGGUUCAGGGUUUGUGAUGAGGAAUUUGGCUUCGGGAAGGUUCCUGACAAGAAAUCAGGCUCUAUAAAGAUUUGUGACAACCCUUUUGACAAAGAUCUCUGCUUUGGGAAGAUCGAGUUUACUUUGAUGACCUGAUUAAAUCGCAGAAGACAGUGAUGGCGAAGAUUACCUUAUUGGAGAAUGAUGUUGCGUACUUAAAGCAAAGAAAUGACGAGGAACCUCCAUUCGAGGGUGAUUACCACGAUGAGGAGAUGUCUCACCGUAGUGUGAGUCGCAACCUGUGCGAAGACACAGAAUUUAGUAAAGAAUAUGCCGCAUUUCAUACUCCUUCAAGGUGCAGGAAUUUCAUACUUGAUCAUAAUGAUAUGGGAGGGGAAAACGAUAAAGAAGGAACAAAACAACAUGGUGCUGAUGUUGCCUCCAACGAUAUAUGUAGGCAAUUAACAUUUCAAACAGCCCAAGAGGAAAAAAAAGAAUGCAUCGGGAACUCGAAGUAUCCAGCAACUCCAAUGAUGAUGAUGACGUAAAAAUAAUUCCUAAAGCGGCCAAGGUUAAGAGGGAAAUAAUCCCUUCCAGAUAUAGAAGGCCUCCAUUUACAAAUGAUGGUCGUAACCAAAAGAAGCCUCGAUAAAAGGUGGAAAGCAAGGAGUCUGUUAUCAGGAAUAAUAUGAAAACUCAGAUAACUGACUGGCAAAACGAAGAAGAUAUAAAUGAUCUAUUCUGUUUCUUAGACCAAAGUAAAAUACAUGGAGAAUUCUAUAAUGAUAAUGGUAUGUCAUUAGUGAAUUGUGGAGACUUAUCUAGACUACUGGAUCCAUCUGGGUGGCUAGGUGAUGAGGUUAUUAACAAAACACUGUACCUGUUGCGAAAGUCAAAGUACUUCACCGGGGCAAAUCAUACCUGGACAUACUUCGAGACGUAUAUGCUUAAAAUUCUUGAGAACAAGAUCGACAAAGUGAUGGAAAGAAUCAGACUAGGAAUUUCUCCGAAACAUGAUGAUGCUCGUCCACUCCCUUGGGAUGCGGUUUCUACAGUAUAUGGUGUGCUUAAUGUUAAAAAGACACACUGGGUAGCUCUCACCAUUAAAAUGGCAGAAAGGAGAAUUACAAUUUAUGAUUCCAAGAUACCGCCUCGUACUGGUAAGAAUACCAACAUUUACGAGGAAAUUGAGAUUCUCCGUGAGUAUCUGCGAGGCGUGACGGGUUCUGGUGAAUGGCAUUGUAUAUUUUACAGCAAAAAUCUCCCUCAACAAACAGAUGGACAUUUUGAGCAAGUGGGAGAAAUGAUCCAAGUAGAAAAUGAAUAAUAUACUUGAUCGUAUUCAUAUUGCAGGUCCUCUUGUAGUGUCUUUGCCAUCAAGUUUAUUGAUCAUAUAAUUAGGGAUAUUUCCUUCCAGAAAAUCGAACAAAGUAAAACUCCUCGAUUUCGUUGUGAAAUUUCUUUGCAGCUGUUCAAGAAACAAUUUAUAGAGGUGAAUGGCACAAGCACUGAAUAAUUAUCUCUUUUCUUUUACCUUAGAUUGUCUCAUCUAAGAUAAUGUGUUAAUGGUAUGAAGAAUGUUGGAUCCUUGAGUAGUAUUUUGGGUGCAGUCUGCCUGGCUAGGUAUUGAACAGUUGUCAUCAUGCAACAUGCAUACUGGUUACCAAUUCUGUAAACUAGGUUCCAAAGAAAAUUAGUCUCCAGCUGUUUUUAAUUGCUGAAUUGCAUUUAAAAUCGCCAAUUCUGUUUUCAAUACUUAAGAAAGUUCUUGAUUAUUCUUUCAUCAAAAUUGCUGAUUUUAUUCGAACAUAUAUAAGUGAAGUUAUUUU